CAUGAAGCUUCUGAGUUCAGCCUAGGAGUGGGGAAGGGACAGAGCUACCACCACUUUCCUUUUUGUAAGCGUGGGUUGAUAAAAAGGGGAGAGGUUGCCAAGAGAUGUGCUUGAGCAGGAGGAGACUGCCCUGCCAACAGCCAGCCUUGGGUAUCACUCUCUCAAAAGGAACAUGACAAACCUGAAGACAUACCUGAGGAGGUAGCUACAGCUGAACAAGGGUAAAGAGGCGUGUGUUCCCAUGGAUGAUUCAAGCCUGUCCAGCGGUGUUGACGUAGACAAAGGCUUUGCCAUUGCCUUUGUUGUUCUUCUAUUUCUGUUCCUAAUUGUGAUGAUUUUUCGCUGUGCCAAGUUGGUGAAGAAUCCCUAUGAGGCCAGCUCCCCAACCACAGAACCAUCUCUGAGCUGAACUAUGAGAAAGCCUGAUAGACUCCCCCUCAGAGGAGGUUUGAAAUCUGCUAUACAGAUACUUAUGACCCACACUUUAUAUUAUUUAGCCUCUCUAUGUGUCAGCCUUCUCAUUCUUGCAUUCCACAAUAGGCACAUGAGGGUGAGUUGAGAAUAAUAAAAAGGAUAAAACACGAGCCAGUUUAUAUUGUUCCUACUCAGGGAAAUGGUUACAAAAUGGGACCAAGACAGGUAGAACUCAUUGAUUAAAAUAAGGCCAUGGGUUUCAAUUCUCCAGUAUCAAAUGUCCUUAAGGUAAGAUAGUUGGACAUAACUGUAUGAUGUAAUGUAAUAUAAUGAUGCUUGGUGAGGCCCACCUAAAGCUAGAACUCUUAGAGGCAGUCUUAGGAGAUCCCUUUAGUUGUGCAAAUAUAAGGCCAGCAGGAACCAAUUGUCCUAUGAUAAGAGUCUAACAGGACCUUUUUUAAAAAAAAAUUUUUUUUUAAUUUACUCCUUUAUUUGAGAGAGAGCUGGGUGAGGGGAAGCAGAAGGGGAGAGAGAAAGAAUCCCAAGCAGACUUUGUGCUGAGCACAGAGACCCACUCUGGGCUCAGGCUCCACAAGGGGCUCAAUUCCAUAACCCUGAGAUCAUGAUCCCAGCCAAAACCAAGAGUCCGAGGCCCAACCAACUGAUCCACCCAGGCGCCCCUAACAGGACCUUUUCAGUGUAUGUGGUUUUGUAAAAUCUGCUGCCAUUCUCAAGUGGGCAGAGCUCUGUGAUAGAGGGGGAGUCAUUUGCCUUUAGUGAAUCCCUCAAUCUUUUUCACUGCACAAUUCCUUUGUAAAAUAACAUCUAGUAGAUUGAAAAGGGGCCUUCAAAAGAUAUGUCCAUGUCCUCACCCUUGAAAUGUAUGAAUGUGACCUUAUUUGGUAAACGGAUCUUUACAGAUAUAAGAAGGAUCUCAAGAUAAAGUCAUCCUGGAUUAUCUGGGUGAGCCCUAAGUCCAAUGACAAAUGUCUUUUAUAAAAGACAGUAGAGAAGAUACAGAGAGACAGGAAAAGGCCAUGUGAAGACAGAGGCAGAGAUUGGAGUCAUGCAACCACAAACUAAAGGACCCUUGGCUGGAACCACCAGACGCUGGAGGAAGCAAGGAAAAAUUCUCCUCAGAGCCUUUGGAGGGAGCUCAGCCCUGCCAACACCUUGAUUUUAGAUUGCUAGCCUCUAGAACUGUAAGGGAAUAAAUUUCUGUUGUUUUAAGCCAA